GAGGCGCUUACUUAUCUGUCCCAAACACGUCAAGCGAUGUUGCUGACUGCGUUUACUGACGCACUCACGCGCGGAGGUCCCGGCGGAUUGCCUCGACCGAUUGAGCUGCAUGCGCACGACCCGCUGCGAUAUGUGGGAGAUCUGCUCGCUUGGGUACAUCAGGCGAUUGCCGCGGAGCGAGAGUUCUUGGAGGGGCUUUUUGGUGUGAAAGGGGACGGCCGCAUGGUCGGAAGCGUGCGGACGUUUUCCCAGAGUGAAGAAGAAGAAUGGAUGGCUGAGCUGAUAAAUGCAGCUGUGGCAAAACUGUGCACGCCUUUGAAGGUCGGCGCAGCUUUUCCGACAACGUAG